CUCUCUCUCUCUCUCUCUACACUUCUCGCUGUAGCUGAGACAGAAGGAUCAAAAAACCUUGAAUGACUUCGCUGUUGGGAGAGAGAUCAGGAACCCUGGGGAGGGAAUCAUCGGGCGAUUCCUUGCGGCUCUCCUCCAUGUCGCUGACGGAGAGGAGCUCGACGGAGUCUCUCCCCUUGCCGUUUGGUGAAUUGGGCUGCAAGUUAUCCGAUCAGGAGCUUCGGGAGACGGCGUAUGAGAUCUUUGUUGCGGCGUGCCGAAACACGGCUGGAAAGCCGCUAACAUACAUUUCGUCUUCGGAGAGAGCGGUCGGAUCGACGACGCCGUCGUCGGCGGAGAGAUCGUUGUCGUCCGCUUCGUCGAUGUCGGCGUCGCCGUCGAUGCAGAGAUCUUUAACUUCGACGGCUGCUAGCAAGAUGAAGAAGGCGUUGGGGAUGAAGUCGUCGAAGAGGGGCUCCGGGAAAGAGAGUAGCCCCUCCAGGACGGUGAAGAAGCCAAUGACAAUUGGGGAACUCAUGAGGGUGCAGAUGAGAGCGUCUGAGCAAACUGAUUCGCGGAUCCGGCGAGGGUUGCUCAGGAUCUCGGCUAGCCAGCUUGGGAGACGUGUAGAAUCCAUCAUUUUGCCAUUGGAGUUAAUGCAGCAAUUUAAAAAUUCUGAUUUUCCCGAUCAGCAAGAGUAUGAAGCUUGGCGUAGUAGAAAUUUGAAGCUUCUUGAGGCUGGAUUACUCCUACACCCUCUCAUUGCAUUAGAUAAAUCAGAUGUCUCGUCCCAAAGGCUUAGGCAGAUCAUACGUGGAGCUUCAGAGAGGCCAAUAGAGACUGGAAAGAAUUCAGAAUCAAUGCAGGCUCUUCGUAGUGCUGUAAUGCCCCUAGCUAGCAGGUCAGCAGAUGGAUUUUCUUCUGAUGCAUACCACUGGGCAGAUGGCAGUCCCCUGAAUCUGCAUCUGUACCACGUGCUGUUAGAAGCAUGUUUUGAUUAUGAGGAAGGAUCUAUAAUAGAUGAAAUUGAUGAUUUAAUGGAUUUGAUCAAGAAGACUUGGAUUGUCCUAGGAAUAACUCAGAUGCUUCAUAAUCUCUGUUUCUUGUGGAUUUUGUUUUAUCGCUUUGUGAAAACUGGGCAAAGAGACCUUGAUUUGCUGGUGGCAGCUGAUAACCAACUAAUGGAAGUUUCUAAUGAUGCCAAAUCAUCUAAGGAUGUGGUUUACUCGAAGAUACUCAGUUCAACCUUGAGUUCAAUAUUGGGAUGGACAGAGAAAAGACUUCUAACUUACCAUGACACAUUCAGUGUUACUAACAUUGAAUUCAUGGAGUAUAUUGUCUCUUUAGGGGUGUCAUCUGCCAAGAUAAUGGUGGAAGACAUCUCUCAUGAAUAUCGUCGCAAGAGAAGAGAAGAAGCUGAUGUUGCUCGUAGUAGAAUAGACACUUACAUUCGUUCAUCACUUAGAACAUCUUUUGCUCAAAUAAUGGAGAAGGUAGACUCAAACAGGCGCUCAGCUAAAAAUCAGAGCAUUUCAGUGCCAGUUCUUGCAAUACUUGCAAAGGACACAGGUGAUCUAGCAAACAAGGAGAAAAACAUUUUUAGCCCAAUACUAAAGAGAUGGCAUCCUCUUGCAGCUGGUGUUGCUGUUGCUACUCUUCAUUCUUGUUUUGGAAAUGAAUUGAAGCAAUUUAUAUCUAGUGUCACAGAUCUAACUAUAGAUUCUGUCCAAGUACUAAAAGCGGCAGACAAAUUAGAGAAAGACCUUGUGCAGAUUGCUGUUGAAGAUUCCGUUGAUAGUGAAGAUGGUGGUAAGGGACUCAUUCGUGAGAUGCCUCCAUAUGAGGCCGAAUCUGUAAUCGCCAAUCUUACAAAAGCUUGGUUGAAAGUUAGAGUGGAUAAGCUGAAGGAGUGCGUUGACAAGAACUUGCAGCAGGAGGCAUGGAACUCUAAGGGCACCAAUAAGGAGCGUUGUGCACCCUCUGCAGUGGAAGUUCUCCGAUCGGUUGUGGAAACCAUAGAUGCAUUUUUCCAGCUUCCUAUACCAAUCCAUCCAGCUUUGCUUCCAGACUUGAUGAUUGUGCUAGAUAAAAGCUUGCAAUAUUAUGCCACAAAGGUCAAGUCUGGAUGCGGAACACGAAGUAGUUUCAUUCCUGCGCUUCCUUCAUUAACCAGAGUUGAAAUUGGAUCAAAAAUUUGGAAGAAAAAGGACAAAUCACAAAAUCUUCAGAGGAGAAAUUCACAGGUUGGAACAGUGACAGGGGAAGGUUCCUUUGGUCUACUACAGUUUUGUUUACGCAUGAACACCCUUCAUCAUAUCCGAACAGAAGUAGAGAACCUGGGGAAGAAAAUUAAAACUUGUCUAAGGAACGUGGAAUCUGCUCAAGCAGACAUCACAAAUGGCUUUGAAAGCAAAUUUGACCUCACUCUUUCUGCAUGCCAAGAAGGGAUUCAGCAGUUGUGUGAGACUGCAGCAUACAAAAUGAUCUUCAGUGAUCUGAGCCAUGUUCUAUGGGAUUCAUUGUACAUUGGGGACACUUCUGCCUCAAGGAUAGAUCCUAUGCUGAAACAACUUGAUCAAAACCUAGGAACCAUUUCCAACAUUCUCCACGACAGACUGCGGAACCGCGUAAUAACUGCCGUAAUGAAGGCUUCGUUCGACGGAUUCCUACUCGUUCUUCUCGCCGGCGGCCCGGCUCGUGCUUUCGCUCGCCAUGACUCUCAGAUUCUGGAGGAUGAUUUCAAGGCAUUGAAAGAUGUUUACUUGGCUGAUGGAGAUGGGUUGCCAGUGGAAGUGGUUGAGAAAGCCGCAGCCCAAGUCAAGAGUGUUCUACCCCUUUUUCGAAUUGACACAGAAAGCCUCAUUGAACGGUUUAAACACUUAAUGAUAGAGACUUGCGGUGCCACGGCAAAAUCCAAGCUCCCUUUACCACCGACGUCAGGUCACUGGAGCCCAACAGAUGCCAAUACGGUUUUAAGGGUUUUGUGCCAUCGGAAUGAUGAAGCUGCUUCGAAGUUUCUGAAGAAAAUGUAUAACCUGCCAAAGAAACUGUAAUCUAUUCAUUCACACAGUAAUUGUGUAAUAUGACGUUUGAGGCUUCUUUUGGGUUUAGUGGCAGCUAAUCUUACGACCUGAAGCGGGAUAUUGCGGUCCUAACUGCUAAAUCGACGAGGUUUGUUCUCCCAUAAUUGAGAAGCAUUCUUUACAAUUAGAUUGGGGAUUGGAGAUAGUUAUAGAGUGACUAAUGUUCAGUUUUUAUUUAUUUAUUUAUUGAUAGGUGUUAUAGUUUAUGUUGGGCUGGUAAUCUUGUUUUCAAGAAUGAAUUGAUCUUGGGUUGUGAAUAUUUUCAGCUUCUGAAACCGUUUAAUGUUUUGAGCUUUGCAUUA